AUGGUCGCCACCACCGACCAAACGAAAGGAGGGAACAACAAGAGGAAGUUUUGGAACAGUAAGAAGAAACAACCGGUGCAGGACCCCACAAAGAAGCAACAGACUGUUGCUGUCCGUGCAGCCACUACUGCUACCGCUCCAGCGCCACCAAAGCAAUACGCAGGAACUCUUCCCAAGUGCAACAAGUGCAGCUUCCACCAUACCGGUGCUUGUCAGGAAAUGCACUGCAGAAAUUGCAACCGUAAGGGGCACACUGCUCGAUUUUGUAAGGUGCCAGCCCAAUCCGCCCCUCAAGUCGCCCCAACCGCCAACACCGGAGCAAGUCAAACCUGUUACGGAUGUGGAGAGGCAGGGCACUUCAAAAGAAACUGCCCAAAAGCACGAAACACCAAUGCUGGAGGUGUAGGGAGAGUCCUGACGAUGGGACACGGAGAAGCAGUCAAGGACCCCUCGGUGGUUUCUGGUAGAAGGAAUUGUAGUAUAACUACUACACGAACCCACACCGUUCUAAUUAGUGGCGAGGCAAUGGGAGUAGGAGGAAUCGAUUGUGAGAAGCAUGAAGUCAGGGGAUAUACGAAGGUAGCAACAGUACUUGAACGAUUACAAGUGGCGGUUGAUCAAUCGUCAAGUAGCAGGUGA